AUGAAGCUUCUGCCAUUAGUAUUGCUCCAGUGCUUCGUGGCACUAGUGGCGGCGUUCUCCGUCCCCAAAAAGGACUACUCUGCCAGACAAUACUUUAUCGUCGAAAUCGACCAUUCCCAACUGGGUGAAAACCUACACACGUUCAUCAACAAACACUCAGACUACCACUUUGAGCACCCAGUCAGGGGUAUGGACGAUCAUUUCGUGUUCAGCGUCGAAAAAGAUCACGAGCAUUUGCAGUUUUUGGGCAACCACAACUCCAACAACCACAAACUCAUGAAAAGAGCUCCAGGAUAUGAGGAUGCACACGACGCCUUGAUUACCCACCCAGGCUUGAAGCUGGUCCACAUGCUAUACCCCAAAAAGCUUGAGCGCCGGAGGCCCGUGCCUGUGGACUUCGAGGCUGCCGAGGAAAUGGCUGCUCGGGAUCUUCAAAUCACGGAUUCUCUGCAAGAAGUGUUGAAAGAGGUGAGCGAGAAGCUCGGCAUCAACGACCCCCUUUUCCUUCGUCAGUGGCAUUUGGUGAACACCAGGUAUCCAGGAAAUGACAUCAAUGUCAAGAAUGUCUGGUAUAAUGGUAUCCGUGGCCAUAAUGUCACAGUAGCGGUUGUGGAUGACGGCUUGGACCACGACCUGGACGACUUGAAGGCCAACUUCAACGCCAAGGGCUCGUGGGAUUUCAACGACAAUACAAACUUGCCUACUCCUCGUCUUUUCGACGACUAUCACGGCACUCGUUGUGCGGGCGAGAUCGCUGCCGUCAAGAACGACGUUUGCGGUAUAGGUGUGGCCUACGAAGGUCAGGUUAGCGGAGAGGAGGCCGCCGCCAUGAUCUAUGGCCUUGAAACCAACGAUAUUUAUUCAUGCUCAUGGGGCCCCACAGACAACGGCAAGACCGUUGCGGCUCCCGAUAUGAUUGUGCGCAAAGCCAUGAUAAAAGGCGUCCAAGAGGGCCGCCAAAACAAAGGUUCAGUCUAUGUGUUCGCAAGUGGCAACGGUGGUCGUGCUUUCGACCAGUGCAACUUUGACGGCUACACCAACUCCAUAUAUUCCAUCACUGUGGGCGCCAUCGAUCACAAGGACUUGCAUCCUACGUAUGCCGAGGCCUGCUCAGCCGUUAUGGUUGUCACUUAUAGUUCAGGCUCCGGCGAACACAUUCAAACAACGGACAUUAGAAAGAGAUGUGUUUUUGCCUUGGUGCUUGACGCCAAUCCAAAGCUUAAUUGGCGUGAUGUGCAACAUGUUGCUGCCCGGGCAGCUGUCACCGUGAAUGAACACGACGGUGAAUACCAAGAAACAGCCCUUGGGCUCAAAUACUCUCAUAAGUACGGUUACGGUAAGAUUGAUGCCGAGAAGCUUGUGGAGGAAGCCAAAAAGUGGAAGGGUGUAAAGCCUCAGGCAUGGUACUACGCCGACUUACUCGAGGUGAAUGAAGCUGUCAAGUCUGGUGAAACGACUGCUAGCGACUGGAUCUCGAGCAGCGUCAAUCUCACCGAGGAUGACUUGAAGUUAGUCAACUUUGAGCGUGUGGAGCACAUCACUGUUACCGUCAACAUUGAGUCGACUUUCCGUGGCCAAAUUCAGGUGAAAUUGACCUCUCCAAAUGGUAUCGUUAGCAAGCUCGCUGAUCCUCGUCCAUUCGACCAGUCCACUCGCGGACUCAGGGACUGGACUUUCAUGUCUGUCGCUCACUUCGGUGAGAGUGGUGUGGGCGAAUGGAAGCUUGAAGUUUCCAGUUCUCGUGGACAAAACGAGGUGACCCUUAAAAACUGGCAGCUUCGUCUCUUUGGUGAGGUCAUCGACGCAGACAAAGCCGAAAAGUACGACCUUAGCAGGGAUUAUGCUGCGGAGCGUCGUGAGUUGAGCAAAAAUAGACCAACUUCCACCUCAGAGACCCUGACACUGACACUGACACUGACACUGACCACGGCAGCUGCCCUGAGUACUUCGCUCAUUACCACAAGCAGCACCAGUCAAACAUCAACGGAGACGACGAAGACCGCAACUACUACUGAUGCCCAUAAGAAGAAGCCAGAAACCGGAAAACCUGAGAAACCAGAUGACAGUUCUGACGAGGAGUCGGAUGACGAGGAUAAGCCCGAGGACGGCAAGCAGGACAACAACAAGCAUUAUGCUGCUGACCACGCGGGCCAGUAUUUCAUGGCAUUAGCGGUACUUGGAUUCCUUAUCGCCAUCAUCACCAUGAGGUGCCACAAGUCUCCAGGCAGUACUAGACGUCGUAGAAGAGACGAUUAUGAAUUUGACAUCAUACCUGGCGAAGACUACAGCGACAGUGAUGAGGAAGAAAGAGACCUGCUUGACUUGGAUGGCAGUCGCCAACGCGAGCAGGAGAAUCUUUUUGACGAAUUCAAUGCCGAAACGUUACCAGACUACGACGAUGACAUGUUUCAAAUCGGUGAUGAACACGAAGAUCACGCCGAAGCGCGUGAACCUGAAGGGAAGGCGCCUACUGGAAAGGAGGAUUCACUGACUACUGAGACUCCUGAAAGCUAUCAUGGUGAAAAUGGCAGUCAGGAGCACCUAGUUGAAGAAGGUGAAAGACGAUAA